UUCAGUGACCACUUCAACCUGAUAAUAAUCUCAUUAUUCAAACCAUGUCUUCUCCUCUUCUUCUUCUUCUCAUUCUCCUAUCAUGUCUUUCUCUGCAUGUAUCUGAUGCUCGCCAUCUCCGACUUACCAAAAAGGAGAACGCAAAAGUACAAGUCUACCAUUUCACCAAGGAUGUAGAAGAUACAAAAGUUUUUGAGACAUCAAUCACAUCAAGGUUGAGGCCUUACACCUUAGAGGGGUGCAUAUCAAAACAGAAAAAAGUCAAAAAUGGCGAAAGAAACGACCAUGACAGUCGGGGUGGUGCUAACAAGCAGAAGGAUUCAAACCCAAACUCAAAGCUUCUUUUCAAGAAACAAGAACGGGCAAAUGGGGAACCUCCUUCAGGAAAUUACAAUUCCAUGGUAUCAUUUUUCCAGAAAGAACUGCGGGCUGUCAGAAAUAUAAAGGGAGAAGAGAUCAGAAACGUGCGGUCACUGCUGGGAUCUGUGCAACAUAACAGUACUGAAGAAACAGUAGAUGUGAUGGAAAAUGACGCUGCGGAAGACAUUGUAGUGAUGGAUUAUGCGCAACCCCAUCGGAAACCACCCAUUCAUAAUGAAAAGCACUAGAUCCAUGAUCUAUAAUUCCGACAUUUUAUUACUUUUUUUGUCUUUUGGGAUUAAUGUUGUUUCGAACAGUGUUUAAUUAAGGGUACGUAAGAUCGAUAUGAAGUAUA